ACUAUUAUUGGAUGUGAAAGAGAACAGGCAGCACAGACACUGCAAAAUGGCGAACCGCGACAAGGAGCUGGAGGCGGAGAUUUACGACAAGGUGGUGGACCUGACAGAAUAUGCCAAAAGCCAGCGAUGGUGGAACGGACUUUUUGGGAAGAACUCCGGCCCCGUAGCAGAGAAAUACUCCGUGGCCACACAGUUAGCCAUCGGAGGAGUGAGCGGAUGGUGUGCAGGGUAUCUCUUCUCGAAGGUGGGGAAAUUAGCAGCUACGUCUGUAGGAGGAGGUCUUCUGCUGUUACAGAUUGCUAACAAUAGCGGCUACAUCCAGGUGGACUGGAAGAGAGUAGAGAAGGACGUCAACAAAGCUAAGAAGCAGUUGAAGAAAGGCACCGAUCAGGCCCGCCCAGAGUUAAACACGUUUGUUGAGAAGUCCACAGCGUUCGUGAAGAAGAACAUUGUAGUCACCAGCGGAUUCGCCGGAGGCUUCCUGCUCGGCAUGGUGUCUUAGUUUCCUCCAAAGAAGAAGAGUCUAUGCUCCCUCGAUGUCGUGGAAAAACUUGAGGGAAACUUUAUCAAUCAUUGCUGGAAGGUUUUAAAGAGUUUCCACAGCAAGCAACCUACUUCAGAUUAGCUUGUAGCUGUGUUUCUACAUACGCUGCACCUCCUUUUUGUCUCCUUUAAUACUGUUAAAGCAUGGUCGAUAUAUAAUGUGGGACUUCUUUGAAAGACCCUCUUAAAACGCUCCGCUCCCCAGGCCAAAUAAUGAUGCAUAUCAUGCAAAAUGUUGUUUUCUAAGGGUAAAAGCCAUUAGAAUUGUUUUUAUUUAUUUAGCUUGACAAACUUGUUCCAAAAACAAAGAGUAUAUGUAAUUUUCGCUGCCUUGUUGCUCACAUAAAGCCAAGCACAUGCAGCGUAAUGAAGUAUAAUUAAAUUCACCUUCAGGUGGCAGGUGAUGCCUUUUUAGGUUAUAUUUUGAUCUCCAUGGUAAUCAAUCAUCUCCGGGGUUAGAGUGCUGAUGGAUUUGAGAGAAAUAUAUUUUUGAAAGGUGCUGCAGGACAUGUUUGAUGGGUGUUAAUGUCAGCCUCCCCUGCAUCUCCUUUUCUAUGUAAUGUAUUUUGUUUAGCAAUACAUUGAAGCUUUAAGUACUGAAAGCUGUGGUUUGUCUACAAUGUACGUUUGAUGAACAAAUAAAAGUAAUAAAAGCACUUGAAAUCU